GGCGGCGCGGGAGGCGGCGGCGAGGUGGUGCGCGCCUGGCUUUGAAUGAGGGGCGGCCGGCGAGCGCGGAGGCUGCGGGAGCGGCCGCCUCGGCCCCUGGCGCCCCGCGCCCCACGAAGAGCCCUUCCCCGCGAGGCAGGGCAGUAUUGGAGCAGCCUACCUAAUGAUCCACCUUCCUGACUCUUCCUAACUUAAAGCCUGGAACAUAAAAGGUGAUUUAAAUGCCAUAGCGUAUUUGAAAUCAAGCUGUCCUUCCAUGGAAUACUCAUGGCCUGAGGAAAUGUCACAGGGCUGCCUUCUCUUCUCACCGGGAGGAAGGGUUUCCCACCAUGGCCAUAACACAGUUUCGACUCUUUAAAAUCUGUACUUGCCUGGCAGCAGUGCUUUCUUUCAUUAAAAAGUUAAUAUGCAGGUCUGGAAGAGGGAGAAAGUUAAGUGGAGACCAAAUAACUUUGCCAACGACAGUGGAUUAUUCAUCUGUUCCUAAACAGCCUGAAGUGGAAGACUGGUCUUCGUGGGAUGAAGAUGCACCUACCAGUGUGAAGAUUGAGGGUGGCAAUGGUAAUGUGGCUGCUCAGCAAAAUCCUUUGGAACAAAUGGAACCUGAUUAUUUCAAAGAUAUGACACCAACCAUAAGAAAAACUCAAAAAAUAGUUAUUAAAAAACGAGAACCUCUAAAUUUUGGGAUUCCAGAGGGAAACACAGGAUUUUCUAGCAGAUUAGCAGCUACACAAGAUAUUCCUUUUAUUCACCAGUCUCCUGAACUGGGAGACUUGGAUACUUGGCAAGAAAAUACUAAUGCCUGGGAAGAAGAGGAAGAUGCUGCCUGGCAGGCAGAAGAAGUUCUUAGACAACAGAAGAUAGCAGAAAGGGAAAAAAGAGCAGCAGAACAACAACGAAAGAAAAUGGAAAAAGAGGCCCAAAGGCUAAUGAAAAAGGAACAAAAUAAAAUUGGUGUAAAACUGUCCUAACAGAAACCAGGCAUCAGUGGCAGUGCCAGUGAAAAAGAGAAUUUCAGCUCUACAACAUACAUAUUGGUAUUGAUUUCAGUAUUUCUAGGACUUGAAAACACUGGUUGGUUUCAAUGCAUUCUUCAGGUCAUCUUGGAAGCCAGGAUUCUCCCAAAAUACCUUGAACUACAAGUAGGUGGUUCUUAAAGGAGAGAAAAAACCCCACAGAAAACCAUGCCUUGAUGGAAUGAUGUUUCCUGCAAUAGUUCUAUUCCAGCACCCUUCUUUGCAGCAAAAGUGAUUGAACAAGGAUGUUGAUUGAAAGACACUCUUAAUGAACAGUUCAAGCCUACAGAAAAGAAUGUAAAUAUUCAGUGGUGGGAAAUCUACUGUAUUGUCUGUGCUUACCUGAAACAUGUAAUUAAAUAGUUUUAAAGAA